GUGGCCCUGCUGGGUGUGUGAUGAUGCAGUGAUGCUGAGCAGGAGGAGUGCGCUGAACGUGACGGUGACGGGGCCUCACCAGGGGAUCCUGGGCCUGGUGCUGUUCACCAUCGUCACCACGCUGCCAUGCUGCAUGUUCCUCUUCAUCAACCUCACCAUGCUGUACACGCUGCGCAGCCGGCCGCUGUUCAGAGAGGCGUCCCGCUACGUGCUGCUGUUCAACCUGCUGCUGGUGGACACCGUGCAGAUGUUCCAGAGCCAGUCCAUGUAUCUGCUGUCCGCGGUCAGCCUCACGAUGCUGUACCCGGUGUGUGCCGCACUCACCGCCUUCAGCAGCCUGGCCCACUGCGUGUCCGUGGUCACGCUGGUCAGCAUGUGCCUGGAGCGGUACGUGGCGGUGUGCUACCCCCUCAGGUACAGCGCCAUUGUCACCCUGAAGAACACCGGCGCCGCCAUCUGCGUCAUCUGGGGCUUCAGCUCCUCCCACGUCAUCAUCCAGCUCAGCCUGAUGCUGUCCCGCUUCUCGUUAGCUGACCUGGGGGUCAUGCAGAUGGUGCACUACUGCGGGAAUGAGAGCGCCUUCAUCGACCCCGUGUCUGACCUCUACGACAGAGCCUUCACCUACUUCCUUUUCCUGCUGGGGGCGGCCACCAUCUCGUUCGCCUACGCCGGCAUCAUCAUGGCGGCGCGCUCUGCAUCCACGGACAAGGCGUCGGCCGUGCGGGCGCGGCGCACGCUGCUGCUGCACCUGCUGCAGCUGGGCCUCAGCAUGUCCUCCACCGUCUACAACUCGCUGCUGAUCGUCAUCACCGGCAACCUGGAGCGCGUCCCGGCCGUCCGCCUGCAGAUCAGCCUCUACAUGGCCAUCAUCAUCCUCCCCAAGUGCCUCAGCUCGCUCAUCUACGGCCUGAGAGACCAGAACAUCCGGCCCGUCCUCAUCAUGAACCUCAUCUGCCGGUGCAGAGGCUCCGCUCUCGACACCAGAACCAAGAACAGAACCAGAGUCCAGAUCAGCUGA